AUGUCAGAUCCCAAACUCGGGAUGUCCUAUGGGCUUCUCACCAAAACUCCCGGGCUGAAAUUCCCGAUAACCACGCCAGUCUUGUCACCACGAAUCUGUGCAGCAGUCUUUGGUGGCUCAGACGACCGAUCAAAAAUGACCAAAGCGGAGGUAGAAGUCAUCAUCUGCGAGUUCUUGACCGAAUGCGACAACCACUUCCACAGGCUCUCCAUUUGCCCCAUACACGAAUACGAUAUCUUCGCACCACCCUGCGCAUGUCAGGAAAAGUUGGUGCAAUACUACAAGCACAUUGCCAGCAGUCUCGGGAAGUCUUGGGCAAGACAAAUUGAUCCCGAGCACGUCAGAGCCAUAGUCGAAGCAACCUUGUGCGCUCGAGUCGAGGCCAUCAAAGAGAAUAGUAAUCUCAUAAAUGACAUUCGGGGUUCAAAGAGCCUCAUACUACUCAACGCCCAUAUCUUCCUCUGCUCAUUCGCUGUGUUCAAGGACAGUCAUCCUUAUGAAGCUGUGCAUCGUCUUUACUGGAGUGUCAAUGGUGCUCUUGACUCGCAACAAGAAGCUACAAAGAGGAAGGAAACCCUUCUCAAGCAACAAGCUAAGAGAGCAAAGUCUGUUUCUGGUGCUGAAAACACUUCUGCAGAAGAUUAG